AUGGCCACCCAAUUUGAUCCCAUAUUCCAUGGUCUUGCUCCAGAGGCUGGCAAACUGCGUGUCGCUGCUAGCGGAAUGGCUUGGAAGGCGGAUAAUAGCGAAGUCACUGCUAUCGCCGCACCUGACAUCAAGUCCGUCCAGUGGCUACGCGUCGCCCGCGGCUUUCAGUUGCGCGUCGGUAUGAAGGAUCGCAAACGCGAGACUUUCGAUGGCUUCAGGCGAGAGGAUCUCAAAAAAAUCACUGAUUUGCUCAAAACUCAUUUCAACAUCACGCUUGAGGAGCUCGAUAUGACGUUCAAGGGUUGGAACUGGGGGGAAACGGACUUCAAAGGCCAGGAUCUAGCUUUUCUCGUGUCCGGCAAAACCGCCUUUGAGUUGCCUCUUCGCAAUGUGGCCAACUCAAACAUAGCUGGACGGACAGAAGUUUCACUUGAAUUUUCCCCGCCUUCAAGACAAGGCAAACAAGUUGGUGACGAGAUGACUGAGAUACGAUUUCAUGUCCCUGGCACCAUUUCCAAGAUGAGGGGUUCACCGUCCGGAUCGCAGAAAUCUGACGCGGAGGAUGAUGACGAAGUCAGUGCGGCGCAAGUCUUCCACGACAAUAUCAAGGAGACCGCCAACAUCAAUCAAGUUACUGGCGACCUCAUCCUAUCGUUUGACGAAGUCCUGGUCUUGACACCAAGAGGUCGAUAUGAUGUCGAUAUGUUCCCAGACUUUUUACGCUUGCGUGGAAAGACAUACGACUACAAAAUCGUGUAUUCGACCAUCUCGCGGCUGUUCCUCCUUCCCAAAGACGAGCAACAUGUUCUGUUCAUUAUGGGUCUUAGCAAUCCAAUCCGACAAGGCCAAACACGUUACCAUUAUCUAGUGAUGCAGUUCACACAAGAAGAGGAGAUGACGGCUGAACUUAAUCUAACUGAUGAAGAAUUAGCCAAGUACGAAAAUCUCGAAAAGAGCUAUGACGACAAACAAACUUUCAAUGUUGUCUCUGCUGUUUUCCGCGCUCUGUCGAAGAAAAAGAUCAUCGGUGCUGGCAAGUUCCAAGGUCGCGAUGGCCAUUCUUGCAUCAAAGUCAACUUGAAGGCGGUUCCCGGAGAUCUUUUCAUGCUUGAAAAAUAUGUUUUCUUCGUCUCAAAGCAACCAGUUCUCAUCGAACUCUCGGACAUUCACCAGGUUGCCUUCUCGCGCGUUGGUCAAGGUAGCGCUGUCCGCACAUUCGACAUGAAGAUUGUGACCAAGAGCGGGCCCGAGUAUAGCUUUGUCUCAAUCAACAAGGAAGAGCUGGAGCCAACAGAACAAUACUUGAAGGACAAGAAAAUCCGGGUCAAGGAAAUUAUACCUGAUGCUGAACUGAUGGCCGUGGUUGACGACGACGACGAUGACGAUGUGCAAAGCGUAGACUCCGAUUCCGACCGGCGGCCAAGAGUGCGAAGCUCAAAGAAUGACGACGAAGAUAGUUCGGAGGACGAGGACUUCCAAGCGUCAGAUUCCGAUUCAGGAUCACCGAGUGAAAGCGACUCAGACUCGGAUGGUGCAGCAACCGCCUCUGAUGCCAGUGGAGAUCGCGAGUUUGCGGCCAAGAAGAAGAAGAAACACAAGGACGAUGGCGAGACUCCCAAAAAGAAGAAGAAGAAGGUCGCGGCAGAUGGGAAUGGAGAAACAGCGCCUAAGAAAAAGAAAGCGAAGGCCAAAGACGAUAAUGCGAUGGACGUGGAUGACGCAUCAGAGAAACCUCGACCAAAACCCAAACCAAAGAAGCCGAAAGAUAAUGACGCGAUGGAUGUUGAUGAGCGUCCAAAACCCAAGCCUAAGAAGAAGGAUACCAGUGCUGGUGAUGAGGGAGACGAGCCGCCCAAAAAAAAAGCAAAAAAAGAAGGAGGUUGA